AUGCCCCCGCAGAAUCCCCCACCCAACGACACGUCCAUGUUCGGCACAUAUUUCCCACCCUCAGCGCGCCACGGCGUCCAAGCAGCCCGUCGUCCGCCGCAUGACUCCGGCCCCAUGUUCAACCCCCACACCCGGAUCAACCAAGCAAUUGAUUCACUAUGCGCAUUCCGCCACUCCAUGUCCGAGCUCGAGACCAACCACCGCAGCGCUCUCGAGUCCAAAGACGCUGAGAUGGCAAACCUACAGCAGCGCUUCAGAAGCCUGAACACACAGCACAGGACCACCAAGGCUCGAAUCGACGACAAAACCCUCUUACAGGGCAAACUGCAGAACGACAUAAAGAUGUUGAAGCGGGAACUAGCGGCCGAGAAGGCGAAGAAGGGUGUUGUCAACCAAGAUAUAGAAAAGCGAUUAGUUAAAGUGCAACAAGAGAAUAGUUUGUUAACUGCGAAGGUGGCGGGGUUAGAGAAGCAACUUGCGGAUGAGAAGGCGAGGGGGAAGGAGUAUAGGGAUGCGAAGAAAGAGUUGGAAGUUAUGAAGACAAAGUUGGCGGAUAUGGUUAGUGGUAGUAAGGUUAAGGUUGAGGUUGUUGAGUAG